UGUGACGUCACAAUCACCGUGGCAACCGAUCAGGCGUCACCACCCAACCCUCGCCUCCACGAGUGCGCAGCUACUCCUACUCGGGGUGGGGGGCGACCAAAAAAAAAAAACUUUCGCAGGGAUUGUAUCCGCGUUCCUUUUUCCGGUUGCAGCAACCGUGGAUGUGUGCAUCCGCCAGCCGCGCGUGGCCGCAUCGUAGCGGGGGUGGGCAGCGUGCAAGGCCGGAGGAGAGCUCGCUCUCUCGGCCCGGCGCCGCCGCCUCCACCGCUGACUUUUGGAAGCAACAUGGCCGAGGACGACAGCGAGUGGGUGGUGGAGAGCAUCGUGGGCUAUCUGGGGAGUCCCGAGUGGGUCAUCCCCGUCACGGACUUCAUGGAGCACAAAUGCACAGUGUUUGACGACGAAGACGAAAAUAAGUUAGUGUACACGGAAAUCCAUCAGCAGUAUAAAAAGUUGGUGGAGAAACUUUUAGAAAAUUACAUGCAGGAGGUGGGCAUCAACGAGCAGCAGUUUUUGGACGCGUGCACCUCCCCUUUUGCCAAGUCCAAAACGGUGCAGUCCGUGUUCCAGCCCGUCCUGGCCACAGACGACUUCCAGAUGUUUCGCUCUCUGAUGGUCCAGAAGAACAUGGAGCUGCAGCUGCAGGCCCUGCGAGUGAUCAAAGAGAGGAACGGAGCGCUUCCCGACUGUCUGACCGACGGUGAGGACGUGAUGACGGAGCUGCAGCAGCAAGAGAUGAAGAUCCUGCAGGAGGUCCUCAAGAAGUCGAAAGAAGAGUAUGACGAGGAAAUGUCGUGGCGGUUGCUGCUGGAGGAGGAGCGGGCGUGUUCCACGUCGGGCGGGAAAGCCCAAAAGGGCGCCCCCGCCGCUCCCGCGCAAGACGCCGCCCCCGCCAUAGCCCAGGCCCGAGCCGACGACGCCGACGCAAAGAGCGCGGCCCCUCCCUCAAAUCAGGUCAAUGGGAAGACAUCCCAAAAUCCUGAGAGCAAGUUGGCUGUCACAGCACUUGCGAAGCAUGUGGAAAAAAGCACCUCAUCUUCCUCUUCUUCUUCUACGCGCACCCCUGGGGGCGUCGGUGUCGGCGUCGGCGUGGCGCCCAAAACCCUCCCACCCGUGAGAGCGCCCGUCGGCGUCGAGCAGACCGCGGCGGAAUCCUGGCUGGAGGAAGCGCACAGGGAGGCUGGCUUCUCUCAGCCUUACACUGAGCUGUCCGCGUCGCAGCAGGAGCGUCUCCAGCAGAGGGCGUCCUACCUACGCGAGCAGCGCGACAAGCUGCACGCUCUCAAGAAGGAGCGAGCCGCCAAGCAGGGCCCCGCACCCGAGGAGGAGGCGCCGCGACCCCCCGCCUCUCCCGCGGCUCCCCCGGCCUCCGUGAGUCCCUUUCAGACACGGUCGCUCUGUCGUGGUGAUCCUCGACGCAAGCUUUUUUUCUUCUCCCAGGAGAUUUCGACGGAGGAGCGCAAGAAGCUGCAGAAGAGAAAACACCUGGCCGACAAGUUGAAGGAGGAAGUCAUCAAGAAAUGAAGUCCUGCGUAAGCAAACAUGAACGCAUUAUUAUAACCGGGAAAGCUUGCCUUUGUUCCCCCGUUAGACGUCGUAGCCUCACAAAGAUUUAUUACUUUUUUUCCGGGUGAGGGACGAGCCGCUUCGGAGUUCACGGCGGAACUGGGAUUUAGUCGCUCGGCCUUUCCAGAGCGCCUUCAGUGACGGUCGCAUUUGACGCAAAAAUGGGCCACGGGUGGCGAUCGCCACGUGUUGAACUUCAACACCACCGGUGUCAAACUCAAGGUUCGGGGGUCAGAUCCGGCCCGCCACGUGAUUUUGUGUGGCCCGUGAAGGGAAAUCUUAGCAUGUCAACUCGUUAAAUCUAUACCAAAAUUUGAAAUUGUCAUGCAUCAUCAAUGAUAUUGCAAUAUUACAAGCUUUUGUUGUUACCAAACAUGAACAAUAGUUGAAUUACCCUUGAUUACUGAUUCCAAAAUUUUGUGUGUAAAGAUGAUGAGGCAAUUGAACAAUUUUAUCAUCGCAGUCAUCACAGCUCUCUUCACAAAAACCAUAACUAAAACGUGGCCCACAACGGAAAUGAGUUUGACACCACUGGGGUACCUUAAAAACAGUACUGGGAGUGAGUAAAAGUCCAUCUUAGGUGGCAGUUUUUACUGGUUCGCUAUCCUGCAUAGAAGGUUCCGUUGCGGUACGGGGUGGUCGAAUUGGACCCACAAAUUUGCCACCUAUAUUGCCCCUGUCAAAGGAGCUUGUUACAGCACCUCGUAUGCCGGGUAACAUGUUUGCUGUCCUGUGUCUAUGGUCCAAAAUGCCGGAUGGAGGAUUUUAACUCAGCCCUCGUCUGAGGCCCGCUGCACACCGAGCUGCGUGGAUGAAAGCGCCCUCGCAAAACUGAUGGAGGUGGGGGAACGUGGGUUGUGCCACCGAAGCGCUACAACUGAAAAGCUGCCGCCUAAAAUCGGGUUUUGAGGUUCCACGUACAAUCAUUUGUAUUGUUUUUAAUGAACCACAAAAACAUAGCGCAAUUGUCAAGUAAACUUUCCAAUUGAAAUACCGUAAUUUCCGGCCUACAAGCCGCAACUUUUUUCACACGCUUUCAAUCCUGCGGUUUAUGCGGAGAUGUGGCGCUAGCGAAUCACAGUAACUUGUGCCAUAUUUUGUCCACUGAAUGUCGCACUGUUGCUAUAUUUAAUUUCUGUUGAAAUAUUAAGACACUGAAUAUUGCAAAAUGUGUCUGAAUGCAACUCGCAGGCUGAUUUCAAUCCCCUCAUCCCGCAUCGGAACCUCACACUCAGGACAGCGAAGUACUGGGAAACGGGUGGUGGCUAGCUCUAAACUUCAUCCCGCGUCAGAACCUUUCACACAGACCGCCAAGAGCCGCGACAAAGGCAGUUCGAAGCCGGUGCAAGGCAGGCCAGUGUGGAAGCGGCUACCGACUGUUGUACAAAAAUGUGUCACAAUGGCGCAUGUUGUCCACCUCUUGCUAUUGACAGCUUGGACCUAUGUUGAUGUUUUACUCAUGGCAAAUAAACAACAAAUACAACAUUGUGAACUGCAUGUAGAGCUACUCUAGCAUAAGGCAACGCCGCUCCUGCAUCCCACUCCAUCAGUAUAUGGUGAGUGUCCUGAUGCUAUACCAUUAUUAUUUAUAUAUAUAUAUAUAUAUACACAAUAAGUUAGUGCUUCUGCGUGUACAUUUCAUCCAUAACGGGGGCCAAUAGUGUUGGAAUGUAUAGUACUUAUAAACAAACAUGUUGCAUCACUGAAUACCCAUGCAAUACUCAAUAUACUAUGCGCUUGAAUAAAUCUUUUGUAAAGUG